AUGGUGUCCCGCUCUAUGGCAGAUCGUUUUGUCUUCAUGUUAGCAGACGAAUCUCGAGAAACAAUCCCUCCGCCCUACCCAGGUCCUUACACGGGGCAUUCAGGUGCAAUCGAUCCUCUGAAUUCACGACAACCUUACCUAAAGAGGGCCAUCUCGACCGAAAAGAUGCGACUUCCACAGAGACAUGGGGAACAACCCGGCUUCUUCCACCAAUAUGGAGGUGUGUGGCGAGCCUUGCCUGCCGUCCUGGCUGUGAUAAUAUGGUCGACACAGAUGAUAUACUUUUUUUUCUGGUUCACAUCACGCCCAGCCAAUGAUGAUGGGUCAUGGCAUAGAAUUGGAGCAUCAUAUGCGGCAUGGCCAUUCAUAUCAUGUAUCGGCGCAGAGCGGGAACUAUGCUUCAAGCUUGCCAGCAUCAUUGUGGCUUGUCUGCUCUGGAUAACAUUUGGGAUCGAUUAUUUCAUCGGACGAAAAGCCCCAGUAGGAAAAUGGUUCCGCCUGGCUAAAACGGUGUUUGCCAGCGUAUCUUCGGUCUUCCUAAUUGCACUGGCAUUUUCGAGCGUCAAUGGACAGCGAAACAAUCAUCUCAUCUUCACCAGUUUCCAAAUUAUCCUCAUGGCUUUUGCCAAGGUCUCUGACUGGUAUCUGAAUCGGGCCAUGAGGGAGUGGCUCCCCAACAAUCGGCAUCUGCAAAUUUCCAAGGCGUGGAAGAGAGUUGCGGCAUCCAUUGCACUACCUGCUGGGUUACUCGUCAUGUGUGGGAUUUAUGGCUGCACUGCCAAGUUUGUGAAUGAUACGGUCAUCUUCACCAGUCAAUGCUGGUCGUUAGUAAGCUUUGCUGCAACAGCCGAGUGGACACUGAGUUGCCUAUGGAUGAUAUUCGUUGGUACAGUUGCGUACGACAACUACCAUCUUGAGGAUACCGUAUACCAACUUCUGACGACGCCUGCCCCACUAAAUCCUAAAAGGAGCAAACUCGCCUUCUGGAUCCGUCGGCGUAAGGACGACCGAAGAAGGAACGACCUCGAGGACGAGAGCGAAGGAUUGGAGGCAUUGAGACUCUCAAAUGCGGGACAGAUUGUCGAUCCGGAUAGACCGAAUGUCUCUGAGCGAAACUCGUUCGCAGAAAGUAUCGACGAGAGGAGAGCAGAAGUGUACAGUCCCUUGGAGCACCAAGGGCGGACUUGGUUGCCCUCAACACCAGCCAUGACAGAACCAGGAUCAGGAAACCGUGGGUAUCAACAUGUGAGCCAUGCACCUGAUCUAGAGGAUCUGUGA